AUGGCCGAUUCGAAUGACACGCUCCAAAGCAAACACGCCUUCAGUCCUUUAAACCUUCGAUCAGAUAAAGAGAAUGCGACAGCAGAGCCCAUCUUCCCAAUGAAUCCACCGACUCAGUCUUCGCCUCGCAAACAGCAGGCGCCAACUAGCGCUGCCAACGAAGGUGCCAUUCAUGCAGCUCCGUUGAGCCAUGCUGGCGCUUCUCAUCACCCUGCCGACGAUAGCCUGCUCGAUAUGCCGCACAUCGAUACCAGCACCUUUGUCGACCAAACUAUUUCCGAAGAAGCUGUUCGCCAGCACUUUCAAGAUGUCGAGUCCAGCUUUCUCCCCACACUCUCUCCUAUACCGACGGGAACCACGGGCCCAAACCCUGGCGCCGAUGAUACCUUCUUGUUUGACUCCCCGCAAAAAACAGACCCCAAACAGAGCUCCGAUGCCGAUACGACCCUGGCUAGUCAGACAAUAUCCAACCUCGAAAAUCUAGACUCGUCGCCUACUGCGGCUGCCGCUGCUAGAACUAUUUCUCGAGCCGUUAGUAUGGCAAGCACUGCUGCGCGCAACACGACCCAGUACGAUGAGACAGGCGUCGAUACGCAGGGCGAUUCCUUCGUCUCCAAUGGCGGAAGCUUCGAUGGUCGGCUUGGCUCAUCCAAUGCCCAAUCCGAUAUGCUGGACGCUGGAAACACGCCAGGAUUCGGUCUUCGAACCCGCCGACCAAAAUAUGUCCGCAGUCGCUUUGCCAGCCAGCGCUCUUCCACGUCGUCCUUCAUUACCAACCCGGAAUCACAAGAAGGCAGUGAUGCAACCGCUAGCUUCGAUGUUGACUUUGCUUUACAAACAGGCGGCGCUAUGCCCUCUUUUGGCGCUUCUCGACAGGUCAGCAACCCCAUGCCUAGAUCCAUCAGUAUUGGAAGCAUGGCGUCAGGCUUGGGUAUUGAUGACUAUGCCGAUAAUAACGGUCGCCAUCUUGGAACUGUCCGAGAAGUUGAGAGCCCGUCGCGCGGUCGUUCUACCGAGGAUCUAUUAAAAACACCGAAACCGUCCCGGGAUAACCUCAAUGCACCCACAGAUACUGUCAUCGCUCAACAUGUCAAGAAUGUCCAUGUUCCAGAAUCCAUGGCAAAAGAGUUCAAAUUCAAGAACAAUCUCGAGACACCGUACAAGCCAGCGAGCCUUAGCUCAGCUGGUACUACAUCAAGAGCCGGCAAGAACCUGACACUCAAAGAGCAGAGCAGCACUAUUGAGCGCCUGUCCAAGGAGAACUUUGACCUAAAGCUCAAAGUCAUGUUCCUCAGCGAUCGCCUAGACAAGCUUUCGGAAGAGGGCAUCAAGGAAAUGAUUUCCGAGAACGUGGAAUUGAAGACCAACUUGGCAGUCCUACAACGAGACAACAAGAUGCUACGCAAGCGCGUCAAGGAGCUCGAAAAGAAGAUCAAAGACGAUGAGGAAAGGCCAAACACAUCACAGAGCGCAACCUCGUCCGGAGGCCACACCGUCAAGAUGUCCGAGGAAGAGGCAUACGAGCGGGAGCAAGAAUUACUCUUUCUCCGCGAACGAGUCGAGGAAUAUGCAAUCGAGGUGGAACGCCUGCGAAGUGAGAGCUUAGCGCGCGAAUCUGAAAAGAGAAGCUUGACAGAUAUUGUCAAGUCGCUAAGUGAACGAGCAGGCGAGCAUACGCAGCGCGACGUCGAUGUUGACACAUUGAAUGAGCUACUCCAGCAGGAAGAGAGAUUCCGUAGCGCAGCCGAACAUUCAAAUGAUUUGCUCCGCGAAGAAGUAUUUCAGCUCAAGAAGGAGCUUGCCGGUCUCCAGACAUCUACGCCACACACUACCAACAUCUUUAAUAUCAGAAAGCAGCGUGAAAAGAGUGGUCCCGGUAGCCGCUCGUCAUCGCGCGUCUCUGGAGAUGGCUCUCAUGCCAACUUCAGUGCUGCCAACACGCUUGUUGAUGAGCUUAGGCGCGAAGCCGAACACCUCCGCCGCGAAAACAGCGACUUGCGCCGUGAGAAUAGCGCGCAAGUCUCUAUGCUAGCCUCAAGACACCGCGAGAAGGAGCACCUAAGCGAACAGAUUGAAGAGCUCAAGAUGCGUCGUGGCGAUGGCGCCAUGUCGACGACGACGGAUAGCAUCCUGGAGCGAUCGGCAUCAAGAGCCGGUGUCCGUGACAUGUCACCCACUCGCAGCGGCGCAGGCGGCGUACCUGUUUUCGACGAUAACGACCGUGAAGAGCUAGAGAACAAAGUCGCUGAAUUGCGUGACAAGAUCAAUGAAAUCACGUUGGAGAAGCAAGAAAUGCAGCGAGAGUUUGACCACUUUGCUGCCGAGUAUGACUCCAUGGCUCAUGGCAAACAGGUCGCCGAAGAUGCCUUUACGGAUGUCCAGGAAGAACUUCAGGAUCUCAGAGCAAAGGCUGAACAGCUUCAGCUUGAGCAUGAAGAAGCUUUACGGGAACUACACGACAUGGAACUUGAGGUGCAGCGUAUAGAGCGCGAGGCCGAUAACGACUUUGAAGUCGUGCAGCUUGAAUUCGAUCACAAGGAUGAGACUAUCCAACAGCUAGAAACAGACCUUGCGAUUCGGGAUGAGGACAUGCAGGCGCUACAAGGCGAGAUGCGCAAGAUGAGCGAGUCAGUAGUGCGAUUGGAGGAUGCCAAGGCCUACAAUGAACGACUUAUAGUCCAGCGGGAGCAAGAGCUUGACGUUUCUAACAAGGAGGUAGAGGAUGCCGAACGCAAGCUUACAGAGGCGAAUGAUAAGAACAAGCGUCUCAAUAUUCAACUCGAGUCAUCACAGUCCGAAGUCAGCUUCCUACGUGAUGAGCAAGAGUCUGACAAAGUUCGCAUCGGCGAGCUGGAGGCGGCUAUUGCCAAUACAGAACAGUCGUUGCGAGACGAAAAGGAGCGGGUCCGAGAACUUGACGAUCGUCUACAGGGUGAGCGUGUGCAGCGUGAGCUAGUAGCAACCAAGGAGAAGGAGGAUGUGCAACAGUUUGUCAAUGAACUGAACCGCGAGGCAUCUGCCGCCAAGGAUGAAGCGAAACGACUGCGUAAGAAUCUGUCGGCACGCGAAAUCGAGGCGACGGAGUGGAAGGAGAGAUUGAUGGAGUUGGAGAACAAUCUACGAGAAGCAUUGGGCGACUUGAAUGGUACACGGUCAUCCUUGCUCAAAUCGAUCGCGAAUCUGCAAAGAGAGCUUGAGAGUACUCUUCGCGAACUCGACUCUACCAAGGCAUCCAUGUCAGAGAAGGAGCGCAUCAUUACGCAGCGCGAUGCUCUUCUGGAGUCCCAUGCUCUCGAGACCAAGAAGAUGAAUGAUGCCCUUGAGAAGGAACGGGGCGCACACAAGGCCACCAAGACCCAGUUUGAAACGUUCCAAAAGACUCACCAACACCUUUCCAAGACUGCAACCAACCAAGACUCACGCAUUGCAGAGUUGGAAAGUACGAGAGGUCAGGAACGCCGCAAGCUGCUAUCGUUGGAGCAGACAGCCAGAGACCAGCUUGCAGAGCGCAACGAGCUGCUCCUCAUCCUUUGGCGCCGACUUAGCACACUGUGCGGUCGUGAAUGGGCCAACAGCCAUGCUCUGGUGGACAAGCAAGUUCUACCCUCGCUGGAAGUCAUUGCCAGUCGUCUACCUGGCUUUUCCAAGAACUUGCUGGCCGCUGUCAAGGCCAUUGAGCUGAUGCUCGGUUCUUUUGAAGCCAAGAUCAAGUCUGUUGAGCGAGACUUGACUCGCGAGUACCAGGCUCUGGAGAGCAAUCUUGACUUGCGCACCAAGAAGCUUGACCGCCUCGAAAUCAUGGUUCGCAGCACUGCAGCUGCCGGCUCCCUUUCGCAGGACGGGAGGCAGCGCAUGCAGCGGCUCGAAGACGCAUACAGACAACUCAAGGUGGAGAAUGCCACGUUGCGCACAGCAAAUGACGUGCGGCUUCGCGCUUCCCAACCUGGUCGUGAAUCUGGCCGGCUCAGCUCCAAUGGCUCGCCGGCGCCCUCAAUUCAUCGUGGUCCGAUCGAUAAGGACAAGGGCUCGUUGACUAAGAGUCAGACGGAUGUUGCGCUAAGUAACAGCGAGAGUAGCAACGCUGGCAACGACAACCGAUGGUUGUUGCGCCUGCGAGACAUGGAGUACAAGCUCAAGAUGGAGCGAGAGGGCCGUAACCAGGAUCGACAGGCAGCUCGACAGCGUCUGGGUGGCCUGGAGACGGAGAAUAAAGAGCUGAGGGAUCGUGUGCGUCGAUCAGGCAGCACGGGCGAGUAG